UUUAAGAUAAGUUGAGCAUCUUUAAGCUAGUGUGUUUAAUUGACUUGUGUUUUACUUUACUUGAUGCCACAUGAUUAACUAUGGCUGAUAAGUGUUUAAUUUGCGAGGAUGAUGUUGACUGUAAUAUAUGUCAAGUGGGGAAAAAAGGAAUCAAUGGAUUAGAAAAAAGAGAGCGGUCUGUGAUUUUUUACAGAUACAAAAACCCCUUACCGCCCACUCAAUGGGGUUGUGCCAAAGGAGAAGACGGGGUAUUAUUCCCAGUAACCACAAAUGAUCCAGUGGCACCCGAGGCGAUACUUAACACAAUAUUUUGCCGAUGUACAACUGGGUACAGGUGUGGCUGCCGCAAAACAGGCAUUGCUUGCUCCGUCGCUUGCGGCAAUUGCCUUGGCAUGUGCACGAAUGGAGCCCCGAACGAUGCCAUCGAUGACGACGACGACGAUAACGAUUUUGACUCCUGCCCACACAAUCUCGCCAACGUAACAUAAUCGGAAUCAGACUUGCCGUGUAUUACGACCUUUGAUUAGUAUAGUCUAUAUUCAAAGAUUACGACUAUUU